GAGGCGCUGGCGCUGCUGGCCACCUGGUUCCUCGGCCUCGGCACCUUGGAGGGCGUCCUGGCAGCGGCGUGCGCCGUCGCGCAGUUCGACCUCUACGGGCGCCCUUCGGCCACCUUGGGACUGACGCUGGAGCGCGUCGUCACCGGCUCUGCUCGAGCCCACCGCCGAUACAGCCAGCUGGCUGUCAUCAUGGCUCCGAGCGGGCCCGACCGCAAGCUGGCCAAGAACCUUCAGUUCGACGACACCGUGAUCGUGGGCAGCAUGAGUCCAGAGAGGCUCUGGAUUCGCAAGGUGAUCGAGCAGCUCCUGGUUCGCUGCAAGCGACUGAAGCUGAACUACCCCUUCGCCGGCCUAGACCUUCACGCCUACGAGACCCUCUUCCGGCGUGGCUCUAAGGCCCUGUCUGUGCAGUCGCUACGCCUUUGCCCACACACUGUUCGCCACGGUGGUCCUUCAGUUGAUUUCUUGGAGAAGCGAGGACAUUUGGAGUUGAUUCAACGUCGAGGGCAUUGGGUGUCCGAUCGAUCUGUUGCCCGAUACUGGAAGGAAGGCAAGCUCCUACGACAGGUUCACAAGAUGACCGAACGUCAGCAGCGCGAGGGAGCUCGUGUCGCUGCCGCCCUGCCAGCUCUUCUCGACCAGAAGCUCCGUGAGAUCCUCAAUACCCGCCCUCCCUGUCCCUAG